AUGUUAAGGAUAAGGCUUUCCUACAAAAUCGUUGCAGUCUCCGCGUGGAAGAUUUCUUUUGGACAUCACACAACGCCUCCACAAUGGGCAGCGACUUCAUCACAUCAACCAAGUCAAAAACAAUCAAGCAACCAUGAUGAGAAGAACAACUGCUCCUAUCUUGCUGGCACUGUUCUUCUGCUGGACGACAGUGGCGGUGUCUGGACUGCGAUUGCCAUUUCAAAAGAAGAAAUACACGCCACUGAUUUUCUUCACACUUCCCAAGGAUGCCAAUCCAGAAUGUGAUGCCAUGGAAUCAGUCGUCUCACAAGUCGAAAAGGAUCUGGGGGUCAAAGUAGAACGAAUGGAUCUAUUACGAGAUCCAUCCGCUCAAGCCUUGCUGGAACUGGUCGGUACCAUGCCACCCCUCCUCUACAACCGGGAAAGCUGUCAAGUGUAUCAUGUCCCAUCACCCCGGGGCGGCGGCGCCAAUAGCAACAACGAUCAACCACGAAAACCGGUUCGGAUUGAUCGCGAUCAAGUGCGUGCGUGGGCCAAGGGACGACAAGUCAAAUCGCCACCCCGAGGGUCCGCUUCUUCUUCCAACAGGCCCAUGAUGGUGAGCCAAGAAGACACGGCAUUGGAUCAAGACGAGUUGCUCAGCAAUAACAAUAUUGAUCCCAAUCUGUCCGAGUUGCAACAAAGGGGUAAACAGGCCAUCCAAGAACGAACAGCGGCAGCAGCAAAGGAGUAACUUAAUUUUAUUGGAGUUGGUCUACUAGCUAGCCUAGCUAGUACGAUGUACCAGUAUUGGUAAUGAUACCAUAGCACUCCAUUCACUGUAGCUAGCUAGCUAGCUACCGGUAGCAAAGGAGCAAAACAGUCUAGAUUCACACAGCUCUACC